AAGGUGCAUCUUCGCUCAUAUCAACCCUUUGAAACUUGCUGUGGACCUUUUGGACUGCACCCUACCGCCAUCCAAGGAGGCCUUGUCGUUAACCAAUCGGUCUUUGGGACAAUUCCACAAUGUCGAAAGCCCUCGUGGUCCCCGCCCUCAAGCGGCAUACUGCAACUGUGAUAGUUGCUCAUGGCCUAGGUGACAGUGGCGUUGGCUGGGUUUGGCUGGCGGAGAACUGGAGAAUGCGGAAUAAGUUCGAGGAAGUGUCGUUCAUCUUCCCCAGCGCGCCGAAUAUUCCCAUCACCCUUAACAUGGGCAUGCGGAUGCCUGGAUGGUACGACAUCGCAUCACUGGACGAAUUGAAACGUGCGGAAGAUGAGACAGGCAUCAACCGCUCAAGGGCCUAUUUUCACGAGCUCAUCAACGCUGAGAUCAAAAAGGGGAUUCCAUCGAACCGCAUCGUACUCGGCGGUUUCUCCCAAGGGGGUGCCAUGUCCCUACUGAGCGGUUUAACCUCUCCUCACAAACUUGGGGGGAUAUUCGGGUUGAGCUGUUACUUGUUGUUGAAAGACAAAGCGCAAGCCAUGAUUGCGGAUGCGAACAAUGCGAACAAAGAGACGAAAAUCUUUAUAGGCCACGGUGAUGAAGAUCAAGUGGUCAAACAUGCGGCUGGAAAAACGUCUGCAGAAGUGUUGAAGCAGUGGGGAUAUGAUGUUGACUUCAGAACAUAUGCGGGGUUGGUGCAUUCUGCUGACCCAGAAGAGAUAGAUGACCUUGAGUCCUAUCUCAAUGACCGUAUACCGCCGCUUGGAGCGUCAGGGAGUCUGUGACUAUACCCGUCGACAAUCGGGUUAAGUACAUACUCUUUGCCCCUUGUUACCGGCCUC